GAUUGCAGGAGUGCUAUCAGCUCCUGCUGGCUGCUUGCCAUUCGCGUUCCCCCUCAUCCCCCCGUCCAAGGUUACUGUGCUGCAUUGGGACCUGGCAGCAUGGCCCUGGUGUUUGGGGUGGAAGCGACAGGAAGAACGCUGAUGCUGGUCGAGAGGACUGAAGAGAUGGUCCGCUCCUUGCUUCCCUUCACCCCAAUAGACAACAUGAGGGUAUGCCUAUUCCAUCCCACCUAG